AUGAUUGGAUCGGUCCAAGAAAAACUUUACCCAUGCUUGUCGGACGAACCGGUAUUUUCAUUGCAGACGGCAUGCAAUGAAAUCCUCAAGAAUGUCUUUACGACCGAACGGGGCUUUGAUACCGAAGAAGAUGAUUCACGAGACGAUGAGUAUGAUUUCUCGGAUGCCGACAGCAUUGCCACCAAUUCCACCCGCAAGACACGAAAUUCCGUUCCGCCUACAACAACAACAAUGGAAACUACCAUUCGCAAGUUGCAAGAUACCAUGAAUAGCACCAGCAGCCGAAAUCUAAUCUUUACCGCAGAAAAUGCGGCCGAACUACAGUAUCGAUGCAACCAACGUGCCCAAAAGAUUCAACGUGCCUUUGAACGAAGACGCAACAAGUCUAGGGAAGAUCAUGCCCGACAUUUGCACGAACGAUAUGGGAAUCGUCGUGUCGUUACUACUGGGUACAUGGAUAGCUUGAAUCCUCAUUAA